AUGACCACCCCUUUUUGUCCCUCCACUGCAGCCACCAGAGCUGCCGCUAUUGACGUCCUGGCGAAGGUGCCACCCGGCCUUUGGGCUGGUAUAAUCCUCGUUGUCGUGGCCGCCUUGGGUGGCGUAGAAUACCUCUGUGUUAAGAGGGAGAAGAAGAGGAAGAAGAAGCCUGCGAAAGUUGAAUAUACUAUCAGUAUAUAA